GGCGCUGCAGUCUGUUAUUGAUUUCGCAGAUUUCGCACGAAAAGGGGGUGUGACGACACUCGAAAAUUGCAGUCUCCAGACCCCCGGAAGAGAAUUUCGCAAAGUUCGCAUUUCAGAAUGAACAUUUAACCAGAAACCGAUCCAGAAACGUAAGACUCAGAAUCCAAUUUUUCCUGCGACGAUUAGCUUCGCCAGAUGGACCCGAGCUGAUUUUGACGUUUUGCAAAUUUGUUUGACAGAAUGCCAGCCAGCGGCUUGAUUGUCCCCGUGGUGCUGUGGGGCAAAGAGGCGCCCACGCACUGUAUUUCCUGCGUCUAUCUGUCCAAAGACCAGCGGACUUUGAUCACAGGCGCUUACGAUGGACAGAUUUGCCUCUGGCAGGUUGAACCAGACACCCUGAAGAUGACGCCUCGUUGCCUCCUGGUCGGCCACUCGGCCCCGAUUUUGUGUUUGUCGAAGGCCAGCAUUUCAGCGGAGAACAACUUCAUUGUGAGCUCAUCUGAGAGCGGGGAAAUGGCCACCUGGGACUUGGUUGAUGGAAAGUGCUGCGAACUGGCCAAACUUCCGUACGUUCACACAAAUAUCCAACCGUAUCACAUGAGUGGCACUGAGGACGACCGUCUCUUUUGCAACGGCUACUACGCAGAAAUUUUAAUCAUCGACCCUUUCAGUUUAGAAGUUCUUUUCUCCCUAGCCUCCAGAGUAAAUCCUGACUGGAUUAGUGCUUUGCAUGUCCUUAGACCAGCUAAGCGGAAAGACGAUGUGGUGCUUGGUUUGACAACUACUGGCAUGAUCAAAAUGUGGCCUCUGCCGGCGGGAGUUGGGAAAGGGUCGGACCCUCUGUACGAGACGGAAAGCAAGCAAAUCAGGUGUCUCAAUGCCCUUGGCAUGAGUUGCUGUGCCUACAACCAAAGAACGGUCCUCAUUGUUUGCGCCAAAUUUUGGCAGAUCUACGACGCUGGCGAUUUCUCAGUUUUGUGCUCCGUCAGCCCUCCCCGAGGUGAAAGGUGGUUGGGUGGUGAGUUUCUGGCCGCUGACAGAGUGCUCCUGUGGUCGGACGAAGGCCGUGGUUACAUGUACAGGCUGCCCUCAAACAAACUGAGAGGGAAAUUCGCUGAUAGUUGCAUAGCCGAAAGUAAAGAUUUCCACAACAAAGCCAUUGAUGGUGAUAAUCCAUUCCUCUACUGCACUCUGGCCAUGCCAGUGGAGAAGCCUUUGUCUUGUCCUCCUGCCAUGCGAUUUUUCCAAGCUGUGUCCCAGCAAGGAAAACCGACCUGCAAGUAUCAAAAGUUGCUGAUCCGGGGCGACUCUGAAGGAGCAAUAAAAUUUUGGGACGUGCCAGACGUGAGCAAUAAUCAACUAGCCCAAAUCAAACAGGAAGAUUUCAACAAACCACCGGCUCUGCCUCCGACGCACCACAUUACCAUUUCAGAAGUGUGGUCUGACAUGAAACCUGCUCCUGCCGGAAUUGUUGAUCAACUUGAAACUCCAAGUGCUCCCAGUAUUCACCUAACAGCCAGUAUUUAUUUGCCUCAGCAAGGCAGAUUGGUUUGCGGAAGAGAAGACGGAUCUAUCAUUAUUGUUCCUGCGUCUCAAACUGUCAUGUUGCAACUGCUGCACGGGAAGCAUCAGCAGUACGAUGACUGGCCUCCGCAUCAGGUUCUGUUGGGCCACGCUGGCAGAGUAAAUUGUCUGCUCUACCCCAACCAUGUCCAUCCGCGGUAUGAAGUGUCCCACCUUGUGUCCGGAGGUGUAGACUUUGCCGUCUGUCUGUGGGACCUUUACUCGGGGUCUCUACUGCACAGAUUUUGUGUUCACGCUGGAGAAAUCACCCAGCUGAUGGUGCCUCCCAACAAUUGCAGUCCUCGUGUGCUGAAGUGCAUUUGCAGCGUUGCCAGUGACCACUCGGUGGCAAUUUUGGGACUGAGCGAAAGGAAGUGUGUGGUGCUAGCGUCAAGGCAUUUAUUCCCGGUGGUGACUGUCAAGUGGCGUCCUUUAGACGACUUCAUGGUUGUGGGGUGCUCAGACGGCACAGUCUACAUCUGGCAGAUGGAAACAGGCCAUCUUGAUAGAGUCUUACAUGGAAUUUGUGGAGAGGAGGUGCUACACGCUUGUGACGAAAACGUAGCAGCCACAUCGUCGGCAUCUGCAGGAGGAGACAUGGGUCUAGCAAACCCUGCCGUUCACUUCUUCAGAGGUCUUCGCUCUAGGAACUUGUCCGCCAUCCGUCACGCCACUCAAAGAGGCUUGCACCAGUUGCAACAGCUGCACCACCACUCAAAUCACCACGAUGGAGUUGUAGUGAAAAGUGAUGCUCCACCACUAGUCAUCCAAGGUUAUAGGACUAACCCCAAGGAUAGUGAAUCGCACAUCCUUUUCUUUGACAUAGAGGCUCUUAUAGUUCAACUGCUUUCCGAAGAGUAUAGUGCCAUGUCACCUGGAACUUUGGAGGCCCAAGGUCUGAUCAAUAGCGCCGAGUAUGAAAAAGUUGCUGCCCUAACUCAGUCUGCGUCUCCUGACGCUCACAAGAAAAUAGUAGACUUCUUUGGUAGGGUGAAGGACAAGGCUGGAGACAUGGAGAGGAUUUUGAAGGAGAAAGACAAGCAUGGUAUUCUUGCCAAAGUAAAAGAGGGGGCCGAAACUAUGCACACAAGACUGCAGGCCAAGGCAGAGAGUGUUGGGCUGAAAAAUGUUGGAAGCGAUGGCAGAGAGCGAAAAGGCUCGGAUGGCGAAUCGAGAGGUCGUGGCUCUAGGGCCGGACUUAUGGAAACUGUCAACAUCACAAUGGAAGUUGCCCAGCUACUGCUGUCCUUGAUCCACGCCUGGGGUCUAGAUCCUGACCUAGACAAAGUCUGUGAGGGCAAACUCGGCCUGCUGAGACCCAUGGUUCCAGUUUCUUUCGGCAUCAUGUCAAAAGGAGGAUUCAUGUGCCUCCAGCUCCCAACCUGGCAGUCGCAACUUCCUGCAGUAAACCCGGCAAGCACCUCCUCAGGCAUAGAGGCCAACCUCCCGCCUGAGAUGGUCCGGAUGGAAAUGGCCACCAGACUCUUCACAGCUCGCACCCACUGGGAAUUAUCCACGGUCAUGACCACCACUCACUUGUUAUCCAUCAUCGCCAUAGCAAACACCUUGAUGUCGAUGAACUGUGCCACUUUCAUCCCGGAGCAAGAGCGCCGGCGGAAAAUGCACAGGCCUGGUUUGCGUCAGUUGUCCAUUGCGUCGGAAGAUGUGGGCGUCGAGGAGGACGCGUUUACAGCCCAGCAGGCGCAAAUCAAGCAGGGCUGGAGCUUGCUGUCCACCUUGCACUGCAUUCUGCUCCCGGACAAGUUGUCCGCCCAAGGAUCAAAAAUCUACAAGCGGCCGUUGGUUGAACUUUUGGCGCGGAGGUGGCAAGAUCAAUGUCUUGAGGUGAGGUCAGCAUCUCAGACCCUCCUUCUGGCCGAGCUAACCAGGAUGGGUUCAAAGGGCAGAAAAGCUCUGGUGGACAGUUGGGCCCCUUUCUUGCCAUUCAAACCCGACAAACCAGGUCCUACAAAUCAGCCCCAGACAGGGGCACAGCACCCUCAACCAGAGGGAAAUGGCGAAGGCGAGCAAAACCAGCAGCACCAUCAAGAAGAUGCCGAAGAAGAUGACGAUGAGCACUUGGAUGAACUUGCCCCACAACGGCCAUCUACGUCCACUGAAGCCAAAAGGAAAGAAGCAACUGCGGUUGUUCUCCUUGGAGUGAUUGGAGCUGAGUUUGGACAAGAUAUCGAGACAUCCGCCACUAAGAGGAAAGCUUCGGAGGGUGGAGAACAGCCAAAGAAAAGAGGCUCUGUGGUUGAAGGGUUUGGUAUCGGUGCUGCAGGCAGCAAUUUGGCCAGAUGCACAAGCUUGGCCUUGAUGAACUUGCUCCUUUCACCACCAUCUAGUCGUCUGCCCACUCAUUCGUCAAUGCGGAGGGCAGCAAUGGACCUUCUUGGUCGAGGCUUCACAGUCUGGGAGCCUUAUCUGGACGUAUCAAAGGUGCUAUUAGGGCUUUUGGAGCAGUGCUGUGAGAGUGAUCACUUAGUUCCAAGCAUGGCCUACGGCCUCCCACUGACUCCGACAGCAGACGCCUGCCGGACUGCAAGACAUUCUUUGUCCCUGAUCGCAACCGCCAGGCCUGCCGCUUUCAUCACAACCAUGGCAAGGGAAGUGGCUCGCUACAACACUCUGCAGCAAAAUGCGCAAACCAUAAACAUAAACUUGUCCCAGACUGUACUGCACAGGGCAAAACCUGAAAUUUUGCGCAACAUUGAAUUGCUGAUAGACAAAAUGCAGAGCGAAAUGGCUGAUCUUCUAGUCGAGGUCAUGGAUAUUGUCCUUCAUUGUGUGGACCCAGGGCACCUAAAAGUCAAAACCCUGAACGAAGUCUUUCCCGCCGUUUGUCGUUUCCACCAAGUCAGUCACUGCACUCAAACGAGAAGGAUCGCGGUCGGAGCCAAGUCGGGUCAGCUCGCAAUUUACGAACUUCGCUCCAACCGCUGUCAGCUCAUUGCAGCACAUGGUGCUCCUAUCGCAGCAAGCUCAUUCUCCCCAGACGGGAAGUUCCUUGCAUCAUACUCUUGCACAGAGAACAAAAUUUGCUUCUGGCAGACGUCAACGGGCAUGUUCGGACUGGGCAACUCGCAAACGCGCUGCGUGAAAACGUAUCCCACCCAGCCUAUUGCUGACCUCAGCAGACACAGCCCCAUGAAGUUGGGCCGUCUCAUUUGGAUCACCAACAAAACCGUCUCACUGAUGCUCUGCGACGGCUCGGAAGCGAGAUACAACGUCUAAACCCCAGGCACUCAUACAACCCACUUAUAUCCAUUCUUGUACCCACAUAGUUACAUUGCCGUAGUCGAAAUUGUUGAAUCUAUAUCAUUCGUGUACUUAUUGAUGGAGAGGUUUAUUUGAGCGACAACCCAUGUUAUCCAAAAGUAUAGAAAAAUCACAUUAUGAUAUCGGAAACUUGUUGCUUCAGAGGCAGACAAUAAUGUGCGUCAUUCGUUAAAAAAAAAACGACAUUGAACUAAGUAAAAUAUUGCAAAAUUAUUAUAAAAUUGUGUUUAUUAAAGGUAUGCAUCCGGUGAUGUAUUAAGGUGUGAUAAAUAAAUAAUUAUAUCUGGCGUUACUCAACAUUCCAAAACACGGACUUUGCCUUUCACGUAAACUUGA